ACAGUGACAGAAGACCUGAACCAGUAUUUCUUUCUUUUUUUAAUUCAAAAACAUGGAUUUAAGUUUGCUUCAAGUUAUGGAGAGAGAGAGCAUCCUGGAGGUUCUUCGGAGAGACAAACAGAUGCGAGCAAUCGAAGAGGACAGGAUCAGGAGGAUGAAAUACGACCUGCAGGAGCUCCGAAGGAAGGGUGCAAAGAGCUAUGCCCGGCAGUACGGCGAGCGGACCUGCGCCCGCUGCCAGAGGCCGCUGGGAAAGUUCUGGAACUCUGGCGCAGUCUGCCGCGGCUGCAGCCACCGCAUCUGCAACAAGUGUCGCGUGGGAGCAGCGAUCUGGAAGUGCACGGUCUGUCACGCGUACAGGGAUGUAAAAAUCAAGUCCGGAGAAUGGUUUCUAGAAGAAAAGUCAAAGAAAUUUCCAGUCACCACAGACAAAUAUGAGACGGUUGGGGAGAAACUAUUGAAGACCUACAAUGUGCUGAGUCAUAUAUCCAUUGUGCCUCCCACUCCUCCACCUCACUUGGAUUAUCACUUCCUGAGCAGAUCUGGGGAUUGGAAAAACUCAAAGCCUUUCACCAAAUCUGUGGAAAAUCUAAUGGUUUCCUUCACGAGUCACAUUAAAAAGAUUUCCAAUUCUCAAAACGACGUCCGUGAAGAUCUGCUGAAAGUCGACAACAGAUGGAGAGGCUCGAGCUUCACCUACUCCACCCAAAAGAGCCUGUCCGACACAGACAUAAACAAAUCGAGCACGCUCUUCAAAGUCCCAAGUCUUCCAAACCUGUUCAAGAAAAGCAAAGACAGCGACCAGGAGGGCUCCUCCACCGGGGCAGAGGACGAGACUUCAUUCGGUUCUGAGUUCUCUGGAGGAAAGAGAGGCAGCUGCAGCAGCACCAGCACAGAGUUGGGCUUUGAGAGCGUUUCUGUGACCGGAGAACUGGAGCUGGCUCUGGCCUUCAACACCAACACCUCCCGUCUGGAGAUCACAGUCGGCGCCUGCAGAAACCUGUCCUACGGAGACAGCAAGAAGAGGAAGUGUCACCCAUACGUGAAAAUCUACGUGCUGCCGGACAAGAGCUGCAAACUGAAGACGUCAGUGAAGAAGAACACGACUGAUCCGGUUUACAAUGAAGUUUUGAAGUAUGGCAUACAGCGCAACAUGCUCAUUGGAAAGAGGCUACAGGCGACUGUGUGGCAUUCAGGUACCCUGAAAAGGAAAGUUUUUCUUGGUGAAGUCCUCAUCCCUUUGGACGGCUGGAGAUUUGAAGACAAGGCAUUCCAGUGCUUUAACUGGUAUCCACUGUGUCCGAAGCCUGAAAGACAAAACGGAGGUGCUGCGGAUCAGGAGUGAGGAGAACUGCUGGCCGGAGUCAAGGCGUCUGACUGGGAGCCAGCAGAGAGCUCGUCCACAAGACGCCCAUUUCUAAAAAAAAAAAAAAAAAGGGAGACUGAAGUCCUCCACUGCUGCUCGUCCAGGACGUCACUCUGAACUUGGGCCUGUGGGAUCAAAGCACCUCCUGCCUCUCUGAGGCACCAUAAUGGGGACUUGAAUGGACCAAUAAUAGCAGAGAUUCACUUCUGAACGUCCUCUGUGGAAACACUUUAAUGCCGCCUGUGAAGCAUCUACAAUCGUUAUGAAUGUAUACACCACCUCAAGCAAAGCAGUUGUGAUUAAUUAAUAGAUUUUUUGCAUUAUAGAACAGACUAUAAAAAAAAUCUAUUGCUUUAUAGAAAUAUUAUUUA